UAGGAGUACCUUCAUUUUUCUUUGCGUGUUUAGUCGGGUAGUAAUUUCAACUCAUUAAUUAUAUUUUUUAUUAAACAGAGAGUGAAUCGUAUAGAAGAAUGGCGGGAACUUUCGACCAGUAUUAAAUUGAGAAGUCGCGAUAUUAGAAUUCACAUCUGUGAAGAAACUGUAAAGUAUUCCUGUCCGCAUAAACAUAUAUAUUUGACGCACUGUCCACUCCCUAACAGAUCUGUGGCAACUUUACAUUCGGAAGAUAUCGUGCAAGUGACGCGAUUCGACCACUUCCUGUCUGCAUGAUAAAAUAUAUACAGGAAACGAAAAAUGUGAAUCACCGAAUAUUUUAUUUUAUCAUGAGUGAGAUGAUUACAAGUCUAUCUCAUAAUAUGACUGAUCUAUAUUUUUACGUGAAAUUAAGAUAGACAACAUAUGCGAAAUUGCAUAAUGUAUUCGCCAAGAAGGAAAGUUCUUUGGUUCGCAAUCGUCAGUAGAGGUGCAAUAUUAAUAUUGCAAACAAUUUUCAAUGCAUUAAUUCGCGAUCAUCAUGCAGAUGCGUUUAAAAGACCUUUGAAUUUCGCAGAAAAGGUAGGCUCCCAGUGGGAUCAAAUAAUUUACUUUUUAUUCAACGGUCUUACACGUUGGGACGGAGAAUAUUUUUUACAUAUUGCGAAAUAUGGGUAUACAUAUGAAAAUACUAUUGCUUUUUAUCCAUUGUAUCCAGCUCUGAUUCGUAUCAUUGCCAUUGCUUUGACGAAUAUAUUCCCUGUGUUAAACAGCCAAAAUUCCAUGAUCGUUGCUGCGACAUUUAUCAAUUUCCUAUGUUUCGUAAAAUCAGCCCUCAUCCUUUACGAUCUCUCCGUAUACGUAUUUCAAGAUACUGUAACGGCUUACAAAGCAGCGAUACUUUACUGUAUAAAUCCAGCCAGCAUAUUUUUCUCGGCCGUAUAUUCAGAAUCCAUAUUUGCAUAUUUAACAUUUUACACCAUGCUCAGCAGUAUGAAAUAUACGUCUACCAUUUAUUUUCCUUUGGCAUUGUCGAUUUUAACGAGGUCAAAUGGUAUCGUCAAUAUAGGCUUCCCUAUAUAUUUCGGACUUAAGGAUUGGUGUAAUUCUGUAUCGAAAGAAAUUCAGAAACAUAAACAAAAACGCAAUAUAUCAUAUAUUUUUAAACUAAUAACAUUAAAAAAUUGCUUUACUAUUUUGAGCACAAUAAUUAUAUCGCUAUCUCCGUUUUUUCUUUUACAAAUAUACAAUUAUAUUAAAUUUUGUACUUCUACAUUUGAUAAAUCGUUACUGCCAGUUCACGUUUUACAGUAUGCUACAGAAAAUAAUCUAGUAUUACCAGGCAUGACAGGUUCCAUAUGGUGUAAUGCUACUAUACCUCUAGCAUAUUCAUAUGUGCAAAAGACAUAUUGGAAUGUUGGAUUCUUAAGAUAUUAUCAAUUUAAACAAAUACCAAAUUUUAUUUUAGCUUGCCCGAUAUUGUUUAUUAUGUUGCAAUGUAUAAAAGAAUUUGCUUGCGAAUAUAAGGAUGAAUUGUAUUUGUUAGGACUUUUUGAUAAUAAAAGAAAAAACGGAAAUGCUACCAAAGUAAAGAAAUACCCAUUAAAUAUGUUUGUUUUUGUAGUACACGGAUUAUUUCUAACCAUGAUUUGUCUAUUCUUUACACAUAUCCAAGUCAGCACACGUUUAUUAGCUUCUGCGAGUCCUUUGAUAUAUUGGUACUGUGCUUUGAGCAUGUCUCAUAAGUAUAUCAAUCAUAUUGAUUUACGAUAUGAAAAUGAAGAAAACAUUGGCUCGAAAUGGAAAGUAUUUUUCUUAUCGCAAAAACAAUAUACAUUACAAGAUAAACUUGUACUAUUCUAUUUUAUAGGAUACGCAAUUAUAGGAUGUUUAUUGUUUUCAAAUUUCUUGCCAUGGACUUAAUGUCACGUUUUAUAUAUGUAUACUUAAUAUAUUGUAAUAAAAUAUAUUUUUUUAUUUUUUUGUUAUUGUAAAUACUAUAUAUUUAUUAAAAUUUAUGUAUAUAGAUAUUUAUUAUUUAUGUGUACAGAAAAAUCGCCCGCAGUACUUCGGGAAGUGAUUCGGAACUCAAAAAGAAGGGAAAAAAGCUAUAUAAACAUAGGUCCGACAAUAAGUUUUUUCCAAGUUAUAACCACUUUUAUGUUUAAAAAAUCGUAAUUUAUAGCUUUUUUCCUCCUUUUUGUGUCCCGAAUCACUUCCUGAAGUAUUGCGGGCGAUUUUCCGAAUACCUUGUAUAAAGAAUAAAAUUCUUUGUAGACAAAAACUUUGCAAAUUCUAAUAUUCAAAUAUAUUAAUUUUAC